CCCCCUCUAUUAGAAUGAAAUAGAAUAUUCUCGCCGUCCCUCUCACUUCCAUGAUUAAUUUAGCUGGGGGUCAUCACUAAUUAAUUUCACACCCUCACCCGCCAAGUCGUAAGUGGGCCCGCGCCAGUCCGCGGACGUGGCCGUUAACCCCGGGCACGCCGUGCUACGCCUCCCAAAAUGCCCCUCGGCACAAAGCCACCGCCCGUUACCCUCGAGGGCUCCUUCGUCAUUUACUCCCGCCAAUAUAAAGUUUGGUCAUUUUGGCAGGAACAAGCGAAGAAGGAAGAGUCGUCUUGGACAGACUCCACGACGAAAUUUGCUGCCGCUUCGAUCUUCGAAUUAAAUCCUAAAAGGGCCGAGGAAAAAAAAAAGACUAGAUUUCGAUCCUUUUGUGAUUCCUAAUAAUUCAUCGAAUUUAACAUCCGGACUCGAGGUCGACAGCGGUUCUCCAUGCUAUCCAAAAGCUUCAAGCCGGCAAAAUGCAAGACGUCGUCGAAGCUCGCGGUGGCUCGGAUAAAGCUGCUGAGGAACAAGAGAGGGGCUGAGGUGAAGAAAAUGAGGAGAGAACUGGCCCAGCUUCUUGAGAGCGGGCAGGAGAAGACUGCGCUGAUUAGGGUUGAACAUGUGAUCCGGGAAGAGAAAACAAUGUCUGCAUAUGAGCUCAUCGAGUUGUAUUGUGAACUUAUUGUGGCACGCUUACCAAUUAUUGAAUCACAAAAGAGCUGCCCCAUUGAUCUGAAGGAAGCAGUAUGUAGUGUGAUUUUUGCAUCUCCAAGAUGUGCAGACGUACCAGAACUUAUGGACAUUCGCAAGCAUUUUUCUGCAAAAUAUGGGAAGGAGUUCAUUCAUUCAGCUCUUGAAGUCCGACCAGAUUGUGGAGUUAGCCACAUGGUUGUUGAAAAGUUAUCAGCAUGGGCGCCUGAUGCUGAAACAAAGAUCAAGUCCUUGACAGCAAUUGCCCAAGAACAUAAUGUCAAAUGGGAUUCAAAAACAUUUGAAGAGCAACUCAAGAAGCCACAUGAUGACCUAUUGAAUGGGCCGACUGCCUUUUCUAGUGCCAGCAAGACGCCCAAGGAGUUAUCUAGUGUGAAAUACUCAACUGCUUCUGCACAAACAGAUGAAUCAAAAGUUAAAAUGCCUCAAGAUGACUCUGCAACUAGACCAACAGCAUUUAAUACCUUUUCUGGGACAACCACUAGAACCAACUCUACAGUACCCUUCACCUUCCAGUCUGACUCAAGAACUUCAGAAAGAAAAUUGCAAGGCAGCGAAAUCAAUAAUUCAUAUCCUAGGGAGGAUAAUGCUUCUAUGAAUCGGCCAACCUGGAACAUGGAAUUCGAGGAUGCUACUACUGCUGCUCAGGCAGCAGCUGAAUCAGCGGAAAAGGCCAGCUUUGCAGCCAGAGCUGCUGCUGAGCUUGCAAGCCGUGGACACAUGUCUCGUCAGAAUUCUACUGCAUCCAAUGAAUCAUCCACAUAUAGCAAGAUAUAUGAAAGACCAGAAAAUUUGAGGGCAUUUAUGGGUAAAAACACUGCUGAUGAGUCUGUAUCCAAGGGGAGUGAUGAAAUUAAAAGCUCGCAAGGGAUAAAACCUGAACAGAAACAUGUGCAGAAGGACGAGAGAGUGCAAGGGAUCUCAAGGAGAGAAGCUGCAAGGACAUCUGAUAAUGAUUAUCCAACUGGUUUGAGAGCAUUCCAUCGGUCUUCAUUACCUUCCAGUCAGGGUUUUGUUAAUGACAUUUUGGAUAGCAAUCGUCAGAAGGAUGAUCCAGAGGAUUAUAGUCAGGCUCAAAGGAUCUCAUUUGCAUCAGAAGUUGUGGAGUCUAGUCGCCGGAAUAUGAGACAUGAGAGCGUUGUAUCUAGUCAGGAGAACAUAAAUGUUGACCCGAUCAAUGAAUAUCCUUACCAUUAUGUCAGUGAUGAAGAGAAAUUAUGGAAUUCAAAUAUCUAUAGGCAUGAAAAUGAUGAAGGUAAGACUUCUAGAAUGAGUUCCUUCGGAAAUAAUCAAAAGCGAUCAACUGCAGGUUAUUCUUCUGGAGUUGUUUUUGACUACAGCUUGGAUGCUGAAGAUAGCAGUACAAUUUUUGGGAAAAAGAGAGGAACUUUGUUUGAUCAAAGUCAAGGAAAAGAACCGUCUACUUUCCAGUCAGAUAAAGUUACUUUCAGUGUAGACCUAAAUGGAAGUGGAUCCAUAGGUAGGAAUAGUGGUUCAAAGCUGCAUUUAUUUACAGAACCGCAGACUGAAGAGCAUCUGCGUCCCGAGACAAUGACAAAAGGCACUUAUCCUCCACAACCAGCUUUUGAUGUCUCAGACAGAGAAAAUACAGAGAGCGAGGAUGAAUCUACUUUCAGAUCAAAUCACACUUAUAUGCGGAAAACAAAUGAAGCUAAAGAGGCCGUUAGAAAUUCUGGAGCCUAUGAUGGAAAAAAUGGAACAGUUUCAGAUGCUGAUGAUAAAUUCUACAACAGAUAUGGGGCAGAUAGUGUUCCUGAUAGUCUUCCAUCUCUAAGAAGUGAUAAAGCUCCUAGCAAUUUAAAUCUGUCAGUUCGAACUCCAUCUUUUAGCUCAAGUGACGAAGAAGAGCCGCAGCCUUUGCGCUUAACUAAAAGACAGCCAACAAAGAGAACUGAAGCUAAGGAGAAAUCAAGAAUGCAACCGAUACGUUUGGACACUGAAACUUCAGAAAUUUCAAAUGAGUUCAUCAAUGAAGGUGGGCAAGGAAUAAACUUUGGGAGGUUGACUGUUGGAUUUAAACAGAGAAGUUUUCCUCGCCCGCCUUAUAUUAAGAGCACUGCUGUUGAUUCUUCACAUUUGUCUGAUAAGCAAUCGGCAAACUUUCAAGUUGCAGAUCAGGAAAGAUACAAUCAGCAAUCAUAUCCAAGAGCUUAUGCAUCCAAGUCAAGAACUUCUGGAGUUUCAAUAAAUUCUCACUCUGAAACUGCAGAAAAACUAGCAGCAAACUGUUCUGCUGAAGAUACUUAUGACACGGAUAAGAGACACUUCGUUCCCCAAAAUGCCAAGAUUACAGACGUAGAUGUUCUGGCUCAGGAGUCAUAUUAUACGAAGUCACGCAGGAAAGGUUACAAGGAAAUAAGCUCAAAUUUCCAGGGAGAUGAUCCAGUCGGUAAUGAACAUACUCAUUAUGUUAGACGCUACAGUGGAAGUACUUCAAACCAACAACAGCAGAGCAUUCAUAUUUCCCCUGAGGUCGAUAAAAAGCAAGUGAAAUCUAGUAGGGAGUCAAGCUCAAGGAUGGCAUACUUAGACUCGGAUGCUAGUGAAGCAAAAUUGGAGCCAGAUUAUAUUACUGGCAGUAGGGUUGAGCUUUCUCACAGGACAAGGGAUGAGCAAUCACAGUCUAACAAUAGUUUUUCUGGAGUUACUGAACCUCUUUCAAGUACAAAUUAUGAUGCAGUAACAGUUCAAGGGGAGGUAAGUUCUAAUAAGCCUGUAAAGAAAAAUCCAUCAUCACCAAAGCAGACAUCAUCAAUCCUUGAGGAACUUUCAAAGUCACAACUUGAUGCAACCGAUAAUGGAGUUCUCAAACACAAAGGGGAUACAAAGUAUUCUAUUUCAAGUGGAGAAUCAGUGUCCCGUGAGAGCUCACUCCAAAAGGCUUCUCAUACUCAUCCAAAGCUUCCUGAUUAUGAUUCUCUUGCUGCUUAUUUUCAUUCACUGCGAACAAAUCGGCGCUAACUAUUUAGAUAUUUCACUUUUUAUAUUUGCUCUUUUCUUUCAUUUCAUGUGGCUAUAGUUGGGUGAUUCAUUUGCGAAUUAUUUCGAUUCAUUUGAGAUGUACAGGAUCCUGUCAUCUGGUUUUUAUGAUUGUUCAUUAGCUGAUGUACAUCCUUUUUUCACAGUACCAUACGAACCAAUAAUUUUGUUAUUGAAAUGAGAUUUGUUACCGUGUAGUUUUGCA